GUGAUAAUAGUGUGUAUGUGUUUGUGUAGUUUGUCCUCCUCUGUCCUGCAAGGAUUCACAUGCACAAGUGUAAGAACAUUCAAAAAGGUGCAGAUCAAAAAUCUGGUCAAAGCCUGUCGGCGGAGAGGAAGAAAUAAAGUCACACUGGUGGAGUCUCAGUUGACCUGCAUGUACAACCACAUCAGUGCAGAAUCCGACAUCACCAGCUUUGACCUUUUCCCUCCUGAUGUGCUGCUGUACUAUGACUACUCUCUGGUGCCACAGGUAAGCUGCAGGGCAUACUUUGAACAGCUGGGUGAUGCUGACUUCUCAGUUUUCUCCUCGGACCUCACCUACAAACGGAUCGCCCUCUUUGACAAUGCUAGGAGCUGCCUGGGCAUAGCGAGCACAAGCUUGACAGCGGAUCAAAUAAACGUUUUGGGAAACAUGUGUUGCUUCCUGAAUGCAUCCUACAUCCUGAACUCUGAUUCUUCCAUGUUGGAGAAACUAAAGACCUGCCAAGACCUCUCUGAUGCUCAAGCAGCUGCAGUGGAAGCUGUUCUGAUCAAGGGGAACACUACAUAUGGAAACCCUUCAACAUGGACUGACACAACUCUGAGGAGCCUCGACACAUUGCCUUUGUACAUGUCUUCAGAUUUCUAUGACAACUUUGAAAAACCUGUAAAGCGCAGAUUCCUAAGAUACUUCCUGAAAGUUCUCAGACAGAAUAGAGUCAGUCGAGCAAAGAGGAGGAGGAUGAAGGCAGAGAUAAGAAAAUCUAUCAGAAAAAGAACGAGACGAGAUGCAGUCAGUGAAUGCACCGUGGGAACAAUCAAUGAAGUUGUCAUCAGUGAUGAAAGUUUCCCCUUGGACUAUGACGACGUCAAUCAGUUCAACAGCUGUCUCAGUGCUGCAACGGUCAGAGACAACCUGGAAGCCAUCACCCAGAAGGUUGAUCUAGAAGAUUACCUUAAGAUUGUCCUCGAGAAGCUAAGACAGGCUUACACCACCAACAUUCCUGAAGAUCAGGUUCAGCUCUUGGGCGUGGCGUCCCGUUUUGCCUCAGCUGAUGAGGUCAGUACAUGGGAAAUCACUCAAGUUGACACGCUCGCAGCUUUGAUGGACACAGCAAAUGGAGAGUUGGAUCCAAGCUUGGCCAGAGCUAUUAUCUCUAAGUAUCUGAGCGUAAAUGGCAAUGAACUUGGCAGCACUGAGCUUAAUGCCAUCAGAGGACAAAACCUGUGCUCUUUGGAUAUUGAGGUUCUUAGAAACAUUUCCAGCCAGAACAUAAGGGACGCAGAAGGGUUGGAUGUGUCCAACUGCACCUCAGAAAAACAAAGAGCCCUUUUCAACACUGCCAGACAAGCGUUCAUAACCUCGAGGAAUUCAGACUCUGUUUCAGUGUUCCAGCUCUUACAGCCAUACCUGGGGGGUGCACCUUCUGAGUAUAUCCAAAGUUUGUCCGGCUCUAACGUCAAUAUGGACCUUCGGACCUUUGUUAACCUGGAUGAGGAGUUUGUACAGAGUCUGACUGUUGAGCAAGUUAAAGGACUGGUUGGUGACAACCUGGCAGAUCUGAAGAGCUUUGAAAAUAAUCCAGUAGUAAGAAGCUGGAUCACAAAUCAAUUACAGUCGGACCUUGACAAGCUGGGAAUAAACCUUGUGGGAGGUAGAGCGGACCCAACAACCAACUCCCAAACCACCAAGGCUACUACACAGUCUGUCACAAAAGAUGGCCUAAAUGUCCAAACCACAACAACUACCACAGCUACCACAACACCUACCACAACUACCACAGCUGCUGGAGUCCGGAUGCAAGGAGACGUUGCUGGCUUCACCUUCCUGGUUUUCCUGGGACUGCUCAUCUCUUCCCAGCAGAUCUGAGGGAACGCAUGGCUGCUCACCAUGAACACACUGUAGGCUAAAAAUCAAUACCUGGAUCAAAGGGACUUUUAUCUACGAUAUGUCUUAAUGAAAAUGUCAGGCGGUGUAUCUAUUGAACAAGAAUAUGUGCCAAUAUUGUGCUUAUGAUUAUCAAAUUCUCUAUUUUAACCCCUCUUCUAUUGGUUUAUUUAAUAAAAGAUGUACUUUUUAUUACUAUUAUUAAUUUUGUUUAUGAUUCAUCAUGUAAAGGUUGGCUCUGUGAACACUUAAAAUAAAAUCAUUGAUUCAGCUUCUUUUUCUGUAACAUGUUACAUUUUGCUUCUGUAAAAAUUUAAGGAUAAAACUUAUACUGACUAAUAAAUAUCUGUUUAAUGCAAACA